AGGCAUGCAAGGGCACGUCUGAGGGCGAGUAUUAUAGAUAAAGGCCGCUUCUCAGCAUUUCAUUCAACACAAAAAGCCAAAAGAUGUCUCUCCGUCACAAAAAAGCGUCUUCCUUGCUGGUUUGCAUCCUCGGGAACCCUCGAGGAAGUUUGGAAUGGACGUUGGAGCAUUUGAUCGACGCCCUGAUCCGUCCCAACCUCGACGAUGGAGUGGACGUCGACGUGGUCGCGGGCUUUCCGCAAAGUUUCGACUCUUUGAAGCUAAGAUUGGCACAACAAGCGACGAACAUGGCGAGGGAGAAUGUUGUGGGAACUGCAGAAGUGGGAGAUGCGGGUGCGGAUGAUGUGAAUACCACGUCGACAAAUAGAAAAACUGUAACAUCCUCUUCAGCAAUAUCUUACCGCACAGAGGCGAUGGAUGAGCGCGACAGACAGUUACAUGCGGCGUUAGUGGCCCUUAACCAAUCGGAAGGAUGGAACACUAUGUCGUUGAGUAAUUCAGAUGCUACAACGUUGGCACGAACCAGCGUUAUGGGCACCAAAGUAGAGGUCACGGAGUCCGCACAGACAAGACGAUUGCUGAUGAAAAUCGGGUUGGAUGAGGUUUUGUUAGGGCUGCUCGUGGGUCUUGUGAUAGUAAAUUGUAAAGUAAGUACUCGAAAACUGAACAUAACCGAGUUACUGACUGAAAUACGGGAGGUAACUUUGACAGGGCUACUCUUCCUUCUAAUUAUGGUGUACGAAGAAGGACGCAUUGAGCAUUACUACGAGAAUGUGAAGAAAUUUCACGAGUCUGGCGCAGCUGAAGUACAGAAGCGAGAACUUGAGGAGGAUCUAGCUUUCGCAGAAAAAUAUGAAAGGAACAAGAAGUACGUAGAUGUUGUUCUCACCAGAUAUUUUCUAAUGGUAAUGUCAGUAUGAUCGGUGAGUCCUGUUGAUGAAUGAAAAUCAUUCACGUAGACAGCAUCUCAUGGAGGUAUUUCAAAAAUGACGACAUUCCUCCUGCUGGUAGUAGAUUGACGAAGGUCCCAAUGAUCAAGAUCCCCCCUCUCUCUCUAGCGAAUCUUUUAGAAUUCGAAAUUGCUUGGCGCCGGCGUUCGGUUUUUCCAUGGUGUGACGUUCAAAGAUCCAGAGCCAGUGCCUCGAUCUACAUGGAGAAAAUGGACUUGGAAUGCCUUAGCAAGACGUCGUCCACACUUCACAGGCUUUAGGGUAUGUCAAGAGGGAGCGGAGGCGAUUCAAGCAGAAGCGUCUUCCUCAUCUAAUUAAUGCUCCAGUAAAUGCAUCUUCCCUGGCAUCUUGGUCUCGUUUCUCAAGGGAAAACGGGAACCAGGAUGCUCACCAAGAUGGAUUUAUGCUAGGUCUAAUCUAAACACGCUUUCAAAGAACGAGCAGCAAAGCACAGCAAUACGACCCUCCCAGAAUGGGAUUGGACUGUAACGGUCAGGCCAGACUUGCUCAUGCUGCCACGAGCUGCUAUCAAAAAUCGAAGACAACACAUUCGCGAAGAGCCUAUUCAUGAUAUGCGUGGGGAGCUUUAUUUACGGCCAAGGCAAUUGGUUGAAAAAUCGUGGGGCUUACGGGGACCGGAUAUCAGGAGGAGCGAAAAGAAGGCCGUCCCUGAUGAUGAACCAGACGGUUAAGGGUUACCCCAUUGCACUCUUCACUACCAUCCUUGGCUUUUUUUCCAUUAGGAAAAGGGCCAGGGAUGAUCUGAAGAAUGCAAUGUCGCAACCUCUAAGACGGUGAAUUGAAUCGAAUAAAGGACACUGCUGGCCAACUGCGAGUGCAGUUAUUGGAUGCUAGGAGACAGCAAGUCUUCUUGCCCAUUUGCCAGAACUUUCCGAUUGCUCACGUUCGUGGCUGUCCGGAAGACAAGCUAUUUGUGCUGUCUUUAUGGAUCAUUUCAAAUCGUUCUAGAAGUCUAACUUACCUCCAUGCAUCAAAUACUAGGUCUUUGACUUUGUCUUUGAACUCUUCUUCAUGCUAUAAUUGAGAUGGUUAACUCACGAGUCAGUUCUAGGGGCCGCGGAAGAAGCAAGAGAGUCAGUCAGGCGAAGCUGCAAGAGCACUCUACUUUAUAAAUUAUUUUGUUGAAGCCCAAGCAAUCAUGAAGCAGCGUCUAAGUGGAUACGGAGUCGCAAAAAUCGUAUGGCGAUUGCUUGGGCGUCUAUUUGAAGAAACCUGGAGAAAGUUUCCUAACGUAGACGCCACUGGGGUUGAGGCACAGGUGAUUUUUCCGAGUCGCCCGUUGCUUAAGUUAUGGAUGUGGGGUGGGUGGAUUAGUUUCUUUUUGUGGUAGGCUCUGGAGGGGAUCAGUCAUCAAGGGCGCUAAGACGGAAAAGAACUUGGGACAAGGAAAUUAGCGCCGGCCCCUUCUCUAGCCCUACUUGACCAUUCUUGCUCAGAGGUACCCCUCGCUCUCUAAUCAAAGGCGCAAACUGGUGUGCAGGCGGCGCAGACGCGAACGACUUUCAUCUUUUGGGCGAUCCUGGAGUCAGGAGUGGGUUUUUCCCGUCCUACAGAAGUACAUCAAUCGCGUACACAUUUGCGAAGAUGAUGGUCUGUGCGGCGCAGACAGGGACAUGCGUGCAUACGCACGCAGCGCGAGAGGAUUACGCAGACGCACCGUUGGCACAGAUUUUCGCAAGGCCUGACUUAUACUUGGAGGAGUUGAGUUAUGGAUGGAAAGACGACUCUUGAAGAUGGGCGAGAAGGUACAUGCGGGCAAGUGUCUGGAAAGAGUAAGUAAGUAAUCUACUUCUUAGCACAUGCACAUGAUUCAUUUUUCUUCUCUAAUGCACACCCCAUCGCCUCAUGGAGAGCAUGAUACGGAACAGAAUGGUACAUGUCUCAGAAACUGCAGAAGCUCUGGUUAAUGCUUCCAUCGAAGAAGCUGUAGGUGGACUUGUAGAAAGAAUUUCCACAACUACUCCCAGAAGUAGUAGAAGUAGAACAAAGCCGGCACAGAUGAUAGGCGAAAUCUUGGAGCGUUUCCGGAAUGAGCUUGGUACAAGGGAAUGGAAAUCACCGAUUUACUCAUUUGCCGGCUUUGGCUAUGUCGAUCUGCCUUUUGCGCUUCUGCGCCGAAAGAAAGAGGGUCGAGGAGCAUGCUGGGACGCUCUAGGGAUUCGAGGCACUGGCAAACUGAUGGGGUGUGGAUUUGUGCACAAUAUGUGUAGACUUCAUCUGGGGGGAAGCGUUUUAGAGGAUAGAGAAGCACAAUGGGGGCAAACGCAAAGCAGUCCUCUUGCAGCCUCUAAUCGUGUUGAUAGUUCUACUAGUAGCGCUAGUUCGAUCCCACCGCCAUGUGACUCCGAAGCGUGUGAAAGGCCAGAGGCAAGAUGGAGUGGGUGUGUAGCGUCGAAGAUGAUAAUGCAACAGACGGUGGAUUUGCUAAGGAUUUCACAUGCAUUGAACUAUGCUGAGUACGGCAAUGUGCCAGGUGGCGGAUAGCGAUAGGUCGUGAAUAAGAGAGAGUUUGCAAAUCAAGCACAGGAGGUGAUUGGAAUUUCGUUUUGCGCGCAACCGAACAAAGAAAUAUGGAAGAGAUGACAAGAGUUUACUCCGAUUUUGUCGACGGGAUGUAUGGUGGAUGAGGAAGAG